AUGUACGGGAAGUGGUACGAUGUCGCCAUUGGCACAACCUGCAAAUGGAUGAAGAACUACAAGGAGAAGUUCAGCAUGGGCACGCUGGUGCUGGGCCCCGGCUCCAGCGCCGACCAGAUCAGCACUGCCAGCACCAGGCUGCGGCAAGGUGACUGCACACACAUCUCGGGAGAGUACCAGAAAACCAGCACCCCUGGCAAAUACACCUACUACAACCCCAAAUGGGACGUGUCUAUCCGGUCCUAUGUUCUCCGUACCAACUAUGAAGAAUACGCCGUCAUUCUGAUGAAGAAGAACAGUAGCUUUGGCCCAAGCACCACCCUGAAGCUGUAUGGGAGGAGUCCGGAGCUGCGGGAGGACCUCAUUGAGGCUUUCCAGCAGCUGGCUCUGGAGGUGGGCAUCCCCAUGGACUCCAUCUUCAUCCUGGCCAACAGAGGUGAAUGCAUUCCUCAGGAGACUGCAACUGCCCCCCAG